AUGGAAGGUUGUGCUUCCCGGGACUACAGUGGUUUAGGUUUUGCAGCAGGGCAUUACCUUGUGAAACCAGAAUUUAGACAAACUAAAAAUCAAAUUUUAUCUGGCCUUGCUUCUUUAGGAAAAAAGAUAAUUAAAGAAGAAUUCAGAAAAGAAUGCUUAGAACUGACUAAUUUUUUAAUUGAGAAAAAGGAUAAACCUCCACGAUUUACUAAUCCUAAGAGUUGGGUACCAGUACUUAGGAAUUAUUUUAAACAUAAAUUUGACAAGAUUACUCAACAUGGUGGAUGUCCUAUGAUUUUUGAUAAGAAAGAAAAAGAUCUUCUAGAAUUAAAAUAUGAUGCACUAGAUUUCUGUGAAAAAAAUAUAUCAUAUAAAAAUAAGCUAACUGCCUUCAAAAAGGGAAGUAAUAAAUAUGACUGUAGUAAUGAUACUCAGUGUAUACAAGAUUGUACAGAAUAUGAGACGUGGUUUAUAAGUAAAAAGGAAUAUUUUGAGAGUAAUAGAAAUCUCGUUAGAGAAAGUUGCACAUCUAAAAGCUCUUCAUCAGAAUUUCCUACAAAACAAUGCAACAUAAUGAAUUCUAGAAUGUUAAAUAAUAUUCCUAAAUGCCUACAUAAGAAACCACAGGAACCUACUCAAGCACCACCUAAAGAAAAAGUAUUAACCGAUCCAGAAUUAUAUCAAGUUAAUGCUAUAGAUUCGCCAGUAUCUCAAGAUCAAAGUAUAUCACAAGUGGAGUAUCUACCUGACGGCGCAUCUAAUAGUCCAUCUGAAGGACAAUCAAACAGUUUGUCAGAGGAUACACAUUCAGAUCCACCUCAACUACAAACAGAAUCCGAAGGAAACUCUGAGACAAGUUUAACUAACGUAACAGCAGAUACACAAUCUGGACACACUGAAAUAGCCAAAGAUCUUAAAAAUUUGGCGCCUGCAGAGGAAAAAAUACGCACUUCUACAGUACAGCCUUCAACUGUUCAAGAUACAAAAACAGAAAGUAUUACAGAACCUAUUAUGGUAUCAACUAAAUCACUAUAUCCUGAAGCCCCUUCUCGUAGUACUGCAGACCCUAAAAUUUAUGGUAACAUUAAUUAUAUUUACUUUCAUAUUUUUGUAAUAACUAAACAAAUUUAUGUAUGUAUAUAUAAAUUUAAUUCAGUUCCAGUAGAUAAUUCACAUAACCCAUAUUACGCUCUAAUGGGGAAGUUUAAAAAGAAGAAAAAUAUAAGAAGAAAAGUUAAAUUCCUCAGAAUACUACUACCUUCGCAUUCUGUUAAAAAAGACAUACUUUUAUCAGAUGAUCAUUUGGAUCAGACGAUACAUGAUGAUGAAGAAAUCAUAAAAAAAUUAAAAAUACAUGAACAUAACACUAUAAAUAAUACAAAUAUGCUAAAGAGAAAAAAGGACAGAUCCAAAACUAUUAUAGAAGUACAUAUGGAAGUACUUGAGGAAUUCAGAAAUGAAGAAUGGGAAUUAAAAAAAGGUGAAUUUUUAGCAGUAUGUCUAGAAGAAUACAAAUAUGAAAAACAUAGAACCUAUCCUAAUUUAAUAAAUUGUGAUCAAAUGGAAAAUAUUAAAUGUAGCAAUGAUAUUGAAGAAAAAAAAAUUAUAUGGAAUAAAUGGAUAGAAAAGCACAGAAAUCUUUCUGAAAAAUUGAAAAAAGAAGAUUGGUUUAAUAAUUUGAAAAAUGAAUGGAAAAAAGAGAAAGCUAUGGUAAAUGAAACGGAAGAAUUAAACAAGAAAUAUUUAAACGAAAAUGAAAAAGGUUCACAUUUAGAAAGGGAAAAAGAUGCAUGGAGAGGGUGGAUAUCAAACAGAGGUAAAAUUGUAGAACAUUAUUUGGAACAGGACUGGUUAAAGGGAUUAACAAAUGAAUUUGAUAAUAUAUUAGAUGAAUAUGAAAAUGAAGGAACUGAAAAUAGUGUAUCACUAAUAAAUAUAGAAGAAAUGGAACAUAACAAAAGUUGCGAAGAAUUAUAUAAGUAUAUUAAAAAAAAAUUAUUAUCAAAAUUGUGUGUGCUUGUAUUUAUGACAAUAUUAGAGGAGUGCAAAAAAGAGAAAAAUGUAGAAAAUAAGGAAUCAUAUUUAGACAGUUCAAUAAAUGAAUGUAAUUCAGAAAAAAAUUUAGAUAGGAAAUAUCACAUUAUAGAAAAUGUUGUUGAAAAGGGAAACAAUGUUUUGGAAAAUAGUGAAAAUACUGAAAUUUUUGAUUAUAAGGAAGAAAAUAAUUUUACAGAUGAAAUAAAGGAUUGGAUAGGAGAAGAUGAUAUAUAUGUAAAUUCUAUAUAA